AUGAUUUUUUCUGCUUUUGACAGUCAUGAGCAAUAUGGAUAUUUCUUUUUCCUAACAAAAAGCAAGAAUGAACUCGAGAUUCUUAUUCUAUAUAAUGGUGGCAGAGAAUAAAAUUCAAUUCUAUUGUAAGAAUGGUAUUCAGAUGAUAUAUAUGAUGUCGCAUUUUCAUACGAUGGGAAAAAUAUUAUUUUUGGAGGAGAUGUGCUUAGUGGAAUAUAAAUUUUCAAUAGGCUUCAUUGGUAUGAUUUCUCUUACAUAAUUGAUAUCGAUCGUUCUGGGCGAUUAGCCCUUCUUGGACUAGUCUCAGAUCACUAUUUGUGA